GUCGGCGUGGUGGUUUGGCGCCAGCGGUUUCGCGGGGUAAAACAGCACAAGGAGCGGCGUCACACAAGCAGACGGAGGCUCUUAAACUCUGAGCAGUACAGGCCGGAGUUAGGAGUCUUUAAAGGCCCGGACAGAGCAGGUGAGGGCCGGUGUAAGUGCAGUGUCACUGCCGCCGCCGCCACCACCGCUGCUCCCGCCGCGCCGCCGCUGCUGCAUCAUCUUCUUCUUCUUCUAGUUGCUCCUGAGGGGUCGCGUCCUAAAAAGACAGGCCUCGUUGGGGGUGAGUUAUAAUGAUGGCGAUGGCGGGGCCUCCGAGCAGCCCCGGCAUCCUUCCUCUGCUGGAGUCGCUGGAGGAUAAAGCCGCUGGACACGCCGAGCAAACAGACGCCUACCUCACCAUCGCCAACCGGCUCAGUGGAGAGGAGGGCCGACAUUUUCUCCCUGCAGUUGAAAAGCACUUUUCUCGUUUGGGUAAAACCAUCCUGACUCACAUAACCAGUUCGAAUGCAGAACUGAGCCAAGCCGCCCUGCAAGCUUUGGGGUUUUGCGUGUACCAUUCUCACGUUUCCUCUGCCGUGCCCGAAGCCUCUGCCGCAGAAAUACUAUCAGCACUUUGCUCCCUGGUGGUGAAAUCCACGGAUAAGAACACGUGCAUCAGGGCAUUAUGGGUCAUCUCCAAACAGACGUUUCCUUCAGACGUAGUCGGCAAAAAAGUGUCGUCUGUCCUGGGGACACUGGAGAGUGUGUUGAGCAGAGAGGACAUCCAGUCUGUUGUCUUGGAGCACGAAGCCUUGAACGUUAUAAUCAGGAUGCUGGAGCAGGCACCAGCUCAGAUGGGUGAAGGAGCGGUGCGGUGGGCGAAGCUGGUCAUUCCUCUGGUCGUUCACUCCGCCUCCAAGGUGCGUCUGCGGGCCGCAGCAGCCAUGGAGAUGGGCAUGCCUCUGCUGCUGGACAAACAGAUGGAGGUGGCUGCCAUCAUCGAACCCUUGAUGUCCACGAAACUGAUUCCAGAGCUGCAGAAACUUUUCAUGUCCAAGAAUGAAACCAACGUCCUGAAGCUCUGGCCUUUAUUUGUCAAACUACUCGGGAAGAUGCUGCACAGAGGAGGUCCCUUCAUCAACUCCCUGCUGCAUCUGGAGGAGCUCGGCUUCCGCAACUCGUCUCCAACCAUCAAGAAGAUUGCGUUUAUUGCCUGGAAGAGCCUCAUAGACAACUUCUCCCUCAAUCCUGACAUCCUGUGCAGUGCCAAACGCAUUAAGCUGCUGAUGCAGCCGCUCACAUCCAUCCACGUCAGGACUGAGGCCCUGCUGCUCACCAAGGUGGAGGUGUGGUGGUACCUGGCCGUGCAACUGGGACCCAACCUGUCGUCCAACUUCGAUCAGGUCUCCCUUCCUCUGCUCCAGUGUACCAUUGGUUGUGACUCCUCGUCAGUCCCAGGUACGCCCUCCAGAGCCGUCGCUCAAAAUGGCGCUGCCGCACCCGUCACACCCAAAACUGGAAACCCAGGCAUCAACAGUGCAGGCGCCACACCUCGGAUGAACCUGAACUCCAGCGUCCAGGUCCCUUCCACCUACCCUUCCAUCCAGCUCCUGGGCCUGGAGAUGUUGUUCCACUAUUUUCUCGGACCAGAGGUCGUUGCUGCAGCGGCGAAAAGAAAACUCACGCUAAGUCUCGAGCCGCUGAACCACCCGCUGCUCUCUGGCUCUUCCUCUUUCACUAAACACGCUGCUGUCCUCAUCUCAAACAUCAGAGACGGAUUCACCAACGUCGGCAAAGACGCUCCAGAUUCCCUGUUGGCCGUCAUAUGGACGAGUCUCGUCCGAUUUGUCAACCUAACUAUCGAGUCUGGCGUUAAGAAGGACCGUCAGGGCUGCGAGGUUCUCACGCUGAUGCUGCAGGCUCUGCAGACCAUCGUCACCUCAGAAGCUCUGCCUGCAGACAGAGUCCUGAUUCUGUUCGAGGCCACAGUGAAGGGAAUCCCACAGAGAGUUCUCGGCUCUGCUUCCUACCAAGUUGGCAAGAUGGAUGUUCUAAAUGGAACUCCAGCCCUGUAUCUCAUCCUCCUCCUCUACAACAGCAGCAUGCUCUCCGCUUACAUCGAGGACGAACGGUUCUUUCAGUGCCUUCAGACGCUGGUGGGAUGCGGCUUGUCGGGCCACACCUCCCCGUUGGCGUUUAGCGAGUCGGUGCUGGGCGCCAUCGGCGGCAGCGCCGGGUCUGUGCAGAACAAAGAGCAGCUGUGGAGGAUGUGGAGCGCGGUGGUCGGCCCGCUCACUGACACCAUCACACAGUCUAAUGAAGUCAACCAAGGCGACGCUCUGGAGCACAACUUCGGUGCCAUGCACUGUGCCCUGCUGUUUCCCGUCACACACCUUCUACGCGGCUCACCACUGCAGCAGGCCGCACAGAAGUCCAUGCUGUCCACGUGGUCUAAGCUGUACAAGGUGUUCGCCCGCUGCUCGGCGCUGGUGGUCACCGCCGAGGAGAACAUCUGCUGCGAGGAGCUCUGCGCUAAGAUCACAGCCUCAGUAGACAAAGAUGUUUUAGUGGUUCCUUCAAACUUGAAUGCCGUCGCCGGUGUCCUCCACGUCAUGGUCGAGUGUGUCGACUUCUCGCCGUACUCGCCUCAGUUUCAGCAAAAGCUAAAGUCUCCUCACACUCCUGUAAACUGGAUGAAAAAGAGGAACAAGGCCUUGGGGAACCUGUUCACGUUCCAGUCCCUCCUCGUCCAAUGUCUGGAGAUCUAUCUGGAGAACCCCGAGGCUUCUUCUGAAGCCACGGGAGUCGCCCUCAUUUCCAUCAUGUCCACUCUCUUCGCCAACCUCGUCCUCGCCAAUGCCGUCCAGGAAGCGUUCGCCUCUCUGAUUCAACCUCUCACCCUUUUCUACAAACGAGCGGCCAGUGACCCGCCAGAGUUCACAUCACAGAUCCUGUUAAAGCUCGAGAAGCUUCUUGGUGACGUGCUCGGCUGCUUGCAGAGCCGCUCUUCCCUGGCCUUCGAUGACGAGCGGCUCGCUCUACUCUCUCCGCUGCUCUGUGUGCUGUUUCCUCACAAGAACAAGCACCUCCGAACCUCCGUCACCCAGUUCUGGAACGCCACCUUCGCCAACUCUGUCAGCCUCAAUUACCCCGAAGAGAUCAGACCCAUACUGAGCCAUGUGAAACAGACAAUCCCAAUCAUUCUCCCCGGUUUUGAAGCCGUUACUGUUUCCGAUGAGCACAGUGAACAGUAUUCCAGUGAGAGUUCCCAGUUGGAGACCAAGCUCAGCGGGAUGCCCAUUUCCUCUGUGGGGAAGAGGGACUCGAUGCUGGGAAAGGCUGCUGAGCCAAAUGACAAGAGCUCCAAAAAGACCUCCAAGGCAGUAUCUACAAAGCUGGACUUUGGUUCUCCUAAGCCUCCCAGAAGAGAGGUUUUGGAGGAAGAGGCCUCCAUUGACUUUGUCUUCAUUCCUCCUGAGACGAAGCAGAGAGUUUUGACCGAGCACCAGAAGGAAGUGAAGAGGACUAAAAGAGUUGAUAUCCCGGCCAUGUACAACAACCUCGAUGCUUCUCUGGAUACAACAGUUUUCUCUCAGUACACCCAGAGCCAAGAAGACUCUUCUGAGGACAAACUGCCAACAGAACAAGUGGAUAAGAUGAUCGAAGAGACUCUUGACAAGGUUCCUCAGGAAGAGAGCGAAAAUAAAGACCAUGAAGUUAUCGCAGAAGAAAAUAAAGACGUUGCCAGCCCAACAGAAGCAGAGAACAAGAUGAUCCCAGAGUCAUCAUCAGAUGUUUCCAUGGAGGAAGAGGCCAAGGCUGGUGAUAAAUCCGAAGACAUGGACACACAGUCUAAGGAGGAGGACUCGAGUCCUAGCCUCUCUGGCUCCUCAGAUUUGGUGUCAGGGACUCCUCAGAAACCCAACAGUCGCCGUCAGUCUUUUAUCACUUUGGAGAAGUAUGGUGAGGGAAAACCCGCCAGUCCAAAUAGUGGAUCCAUAUUCGCUGGUCGUCUUGUAAAGACCCCCAAAACCCAAGAACGCACUGAUGCCAAGAAGACACCACCAUCUCAGCCUUCCCAGACAUCCACUACUUCAAAUUCUCAGGAUAUUGAAAAAACUGAUUUGCAGCAUCCUGUAAACAGUACCAUGGAGUCCCCUAGAAGACCAAAGGACUCUGGGAUUGCUACUGAACCCGUAAAGCUGACUGAGAGACUCCCCAGUGACACAACAGAAGAUGAGGAUGUUAUUCCAGACACCCAAGCUGAGGCGGAGGGCAAGGAGACUACAACAGUGGAUUCCACGUCAGAGAACAUGGAAUCAUCAAGUCAAGAAGAGGAAAUGGUGGAUUCUCAAUCCUCUGCGACAGAGACAUCUCCAGUUGACCCUCAACUGUCUGGGCGCAGUAGAGCCAAACCUCUGCUGCCCGGAGAAGACCCAGAAGAAUCAGAAAAGAAGCAUUCGCUGUUGAAAAGGAAACGUUCUGGGGAGGAAUCUAAAAGUGAUCCUCCAAAGACAAGCCUGGUACAAAGCAGAGUAACCAGGAGGAGUCUGCAGGUUGCCGAGGAGGAGAUUGCCAGAUCUAAAUUACGAACAAGGGCUCAGAAGGAGAAGAGUGACUUGAGCCAAACCAACUCUCAGGGUAGACCACAGAAAAAGAUUAAACUGUUUAGUAAUUCAGGUAAUUUCCUUGACAAACCUGAAUCCAAAAGAAGAACCAACAGGGAGCGGGAGUCCAGCCAAACAGACCUGUCUGAUUCUGACAGCCCAUCACAGGGUAGUCGGCGCGGUCGGCGAAGCAAGGCAUCAUUAGAGAAUGAAGAGAAGGCUUUGAAGAAAAGGGAAAGUGAUAUGCAUGAGAGUGAACAGUCAAGUCAAACUGCCACACAGGAACUUGAGGUUGUAGAACAAACCGAAAAGGAUGAUCACAAACCUGAGAGAGACUCCCAGGUGUUCACUGGUGACGCAUCCCAAGAGGUUGAUCUUGCAGAAAGGACUAAAAAGGAUGUUCAUGAGGUAAAGGACAACUCUCAGAUGAUCACUCCUGCUAAAACUGGAGAUGGAUCCCAAGAGGUUGAUCUUGCAGGAAUGACGGAAAAGGAUGUUCAUGAGGUAAAAACAGACUCUCAGCUGGCCACCUCUUCCCCUCAAAGCAGUGACAAACCCGACAAUGAUGAGCCUAACAGACAGACUAAAAACGAUGAUCCUGUGGUAAAGAACGACUCUCAGAUGAUCACUCUUUCUGCUAAAACUGGAGAUGGAUCCCAAGAAUUUGAGGCAAUGGGAAAAGAUGACAGUGAGCCAAAACUUGAUUCUCCCGUUGUCACUCAUGGUCAAUCCCAAGAGUUUGAGCUUGUUGAAAAGACCAAAAAGGAGAAGAUGGAUUCUCCGAUAGUUGCCUCUUCAACUAGUGAGUCCCAAGAAGGAUCAAACGUGCUGGGGAAUGAGUUGGAGGUCAAAGAUAAAGACAAAACAAUGGAAAAGACUGAAGACGGUCUUAGUCAAGAUGACUCUCAAGCGAUUACACCAUUAUCCUCUGAUAGCCAGUCUGUCCGUAAAUCCAGAAGAAGCAAGGCUUCGCCUGACGGAGCACAGUCUGAAGACAAAAGUGACGAUAAGAAUUCAAUGGGAAGGCAGAGUCGGUCUAGUUCCAAGACAAAUGUAUCAGCUGUCAGUCAGGCAGAAGCUAGUAUUGGCGGUAGAACCAGAAGGAGCAAAGCACACGAGGAGCUGCCGAAAUCAAGUCCUAGCUCAACCCCGGAAGGCUCUCAGUCAUUGGACACUCCUGGAUCAACAGAGUCUUCCCAAGGAAAGGGCAGAUACACAAGGCGAACAUCUUCUCAAGCUUUAGCUAGUGUGGAAUCCUCAGAGCCUAAAUCCACAGGGGCCAGAGAACCUUCCACUAUGCCCAAAAAGAGAGGGAGGAAACCCCGGUCUUCUCUUCCAAGUCCUCUUACCGUUGAAUCUCAGGAGGAAAGAAUUGAUGGUGAUCUGGUAAAUGAUGCUGCUGAUUCUCAAGAAGUAGAUACACAAAGCAUAGAGGCUGAAAAUGCAACCCAUGUAGAGAAAGCCUUAGCUAGUGUGGAAUCCUCGGAGCCCAAAUCCACAGGGGCCAGAGAACCUUCCACUAUGCCCAAAAAGAGAGGGAGGAAACCUCGGGCUUCUCUUCAAAGCCCUCUUACUUUUGAAUCUCGGGAGAACAGGAUUGAUGAUCUGGUAAAUGUUGCUGCUGCUGAUGAUUCUCAAGAAGUAGAUACACAAAGCAUUGAGGCUGGAAAUGUAACCGAUGUAGAGGAAUCGCAGAAAAUACAAAGCAUUGAGGCUGGAAAUGUAACCGAUGUAGAGGAAUCGCAGAAAAUACAAAGCAUUGAGGCUGGAAAUGUAACCGAUGUAGAGGAAUCGCAGAAAAUACAAGAUUUACACCAUUCUCAGUCACUCGAGGAGGAGCAACAAGUCAACGAAUCGCCAAUGGAGGUCGAGGUAGACACUGUUGCACCUGCAGAACCUGUUGUGCUAGAGAAGACGGAGAUUGAUGACACAGAAACGAGGAACGAGUCGCCUCGCAAGAAUGAACAAAGCGACUCAGUCACUAACGUGGACGGCAACUCCUCACAAGAAAAAGACACUGGGAACUGUGAAAUCCUUGAAGAAGUUGAGAAAAGUAUAGAACAGGUGAAGGUAAAUGGGUCUAGCGACUGUCCAUUUGCUCUGGAUGGACAGGUGCCCUCUGAUAGGACAACAGAGGCACCUCAGGUCUCAGAGUCUUCAGAGGACAAAGCUGAAGGCAUUUCUGAAACUGGUGGCAGUGGCGAUGAAAAUCAAAUGGCUGAUUCAGACCACAAACAUCCAGUUGUUCCUCUGGAAAGCACAGUUCAAAACCAAAUCCAGAGUGUCGAUGAGCUUUCAAAGGAGGAUGAACAACCUGUCUCAAACCAGCAGAUGGAAGCAAAUGCAGAGGAUGAGGUCCCUCCCCUGCAGGAGAACGCUGAUGACGUAGAAACCCAGAUCGAGGAGUGUCGGGAUGAAGAUCAAACUCAGAAGGCGACUACCGAGAACAACGUGGCCGUAAAUUUGGACGCUGCUCUGAGUGAACUUUGCGAUGCACCAGUGGCUGCAGAUUCUACGAGCAACAAUGUUUUCCAGGAUUCUCCAGUGAAGCAGAAAGACCUGGAGGCUCUCAUGGCCUCAGAUGUUGGCCAAAGUCCAUCCAGUGGCAGAAUCAGAGGAACCUGGUCUCCUUCAGCCUCCCCUUCCACGAGCAUUCUAAAGAAGGGCCAGAAGAGACCACUAGAGGAGGACACUCCCUCGCCUCUUGUCAAAUCCAGACGCGUGUCCUUCGCUGAUCCGAUCCAACAUCAGGAGAUCGCAGACGACAUUGAUCGUCGCAGUCCCGCCGUCAGAACCAGCUCCCCCAGAAGAUCCAGAAUUAGUGCUAUCCCUCAACCCAAGUUCAUCACGACUCCAACAAAGGGCGUGCUGAUCCUGAGCCCCAGAAAUCUGCGAAAUCCGGGUUCCAAGAGCUCCAAGAAAUGCUUGAUUUCUGAAAUGAGCUUGGAGCCUCGACCUGUCCCCAGAGAUUGUAUCUAUCCUGCUUUAGUUGGCUGCUCAGCACCCGUAGAAGCUGUGCUACCUCAGAUAUCGUCCAACAUGUGGUCUCGUGGGUUUGGGCAGCUCGUCCGAGCCAGAAACAUCAAAACGGUGGGUGACCUCAGUGCCCUAACCCCCACUGAGAUCAAAACUCUGCCAAUUCGCUCACCAAAGAUCUCCAACGUCAAGAAGGCACUUAAAAUUUAUGAACAUCAGCGUAAAGGUCGGAGUGUGGACGACUUGAAGAGUUUUGAUGAAACGGAGAUGAUGGCCUCUGAACUGGAGGAGACCAGUGCUCCUCAAAACCAGGAUGAGGAGGAUAAGACCUCAACCGAGACACUAGCCACAGAGUUGGUGGACGAGCCUGUUCCUGCAGAGGACAGACUGCCGCCGCCGCAGCAGCAGCAGGAGGAGGAGGAGGACGUCUCUGAUGAUCAGACACCUGCAGGAGAACAUCCUCCUCCACCACCUCCUCCUGAAGAACAUCUUCACCCAGUCGCGCUGCCGUCAGAGGUGGAGGCCCUCGCCUGCAGGAUGACGCCGCUAGAACUCAGUUGCUGCUCGCCUCACCAGCUCGUUCAGAUGCACGAGCGGCUGGGAGGCAUGAUGGGUCGCGUGGUGGUCGAGCUGCAGACGCGCCUCAGCCAGACGGAAAGUAAAACCUAAAAGUGGCUUCUGCCGGAUCGGACUGCCGAGGCACAUAAGAAGAUGGAUGUAUUCAAAAAAUAAUCGUGACUAUGGAUUAAAAUAACCCGCCGAGGCCUCGUCGUGUUGAAUCAGGAGAAUUUGACACUUUGGUCUCGCAGGCGGCUUCUUCCUCACCUUUUUUUGGAUUUCCCUUUUUGAAUAUUUUAUUAAAUGGUAGCAGCAAAUAUUUUUAAUAUCUAGCUUGAGCCGUUUGGUAGUUUAUACAGUUUUAAUAAACACACGAAGGGAAGCACAGUCACACUUUUAUUAAACUGUGUUGGAUAUCUAUUAUAAAUGGUUGUAAUUUGGACUUUGGUGGUAUUGUUGACUUUGUAACUGACCCCUGAUGUAAUUCCACAUGUCCUGGACUCUGUGUACAUACUAUUAUUUUUGUCAGUCGAUCCCUUGAGACGACGCUUAACUAUUCAAGUCAUCAGUGCUCUUGUACAUUUUUGUUUCUUAGUUUGUAAACCUUUGUCCUUUCUUGUCUUUCCUCAUUUUAAUGUGUAAAAAAAAACAAAAAACCCUCCAGUAGAUGAUGCGCACUUCAGUCAUUCUUUGUGCUUUUAAAACUUUUUUUUUAAUAAAUGCUACAAUGAUGAGAA